AAAACCCUUUGUUACACGUAAACCUACACCCAAUUACGACAAUGAGUGAAAGCAGCCUGAAAUAUCAAACCCAAAUUUGUAGGUUAUGCCUAGCUUUAACAAACACGAGUUUUUCGUUAAUAGCCACCAACGAAGCCUCCGGGAUGCUCGAGGCCUUAACCUCACUACGAAUUUUGCCUUCAGAUGAAAUAUCCACCGUCAUGUGUCUCAAGUGCUCCCUCAACCUCAAACUAGCGUUCAAAAUCCAACAAAACAUGUUAAAAGCGGAGCAACGAUUCCACCAACAAAUACCCCUAGUGGCAAAAAAGGAGUGUGAUUUCAUUGAAAACACAAAAAGCGAAAUAUUGGAGCAAACCCCACAGGAACUAAUAAAAUCAGACCACACUUGUGAUAUCUGUGGAAAAGAAAACCCUUCAAGCCUCAUGUUAAACAAACACAAAUACAAUGUCCACCAGACCGUAGAAUGCCCCAAAUGCUUGAAAAAAAUUACGCGACCGAGUUUCAAACGACACAUUUUGCGCCACAACGACGCCGAUUUGCUACAAAUCCCGAAACGCGUGUUCGCAAAAGUGGAUUACGUGCCCCCUCAACCCAAAGAGGAAUUACAAGAGUACGUUUGUGAUGUCUGUGGUAAGUCGAAACCUACAAGCGCGACGCUGAAAAAACACAAGCGCAACGCGCACGUGUUCAAAGAGUGCCCAAUAUGCAAGAAAAAAGUCACACAGACGGGUUUUAAAAGACACUUGGAGGCGCACGAAAAGCGCGUCGUGCGAGCAGCGCAGAAAGCCGAACAAGAGUUGGCUAAAAAGCAAGAGUACACUUGUGACAUCUGCGGGAAGAAAGUGUUCUCGAAAGAUGGGUACCGCAGACAUAAAUAUAACGUCCACUUGACCGGGGAGUGCCCCAUUUGUAAGAAAAAAAUCAGCAAGAUUAAUUUGAAACGUCACAUUGAACGGCACAACGACCCUCUCAUUGUUUGCGAACUCUGUGGAUUGUCGUUCAAACAACACGACUUGAGAAUUCACCACUACAACGUGCACCAGAACCGCAGCUACAAGUGCGAAUUUUGCGAUAAAGUUUUUAAAACGCGAAUGAGUAAAUCGGAUCAUGAGAAUAGGCACCAUUUAGGAGAGGCCAACUUUGUCUGUGAUACAUGUGGAAAAAAGUUCUACAAGUCGGAUAAUUUGAGAAAACACAUUAAGAGUACACAUUUAAAAAUGAGACCUCACAUCUGCGAAUUUUGUAAAGUCGGGUUUUCAAGCAAGUUUGCUCUGAAGACACAUCGGAGGCAGCAUACAAACGAAAAGCCGUUCAAGUGUGAGUUUUGUGCAGAGGGGUUCAGACAGAACGUGUCUUUGAAGUCUCACUUAAAGUCACAACAUGACGUUGAAGAGGAAUUAAUUUGCGAAUGUAAGGAGUGUGGAAAAAAAUUUGCUUCAAAUGCGGCGCUGAUUUCACAUGGAAGAAUACACCGAUAAGAGAUUGUGGAAUUAAAAUUGGGAUUGUUGUUCGCUUCAAGUGUUGUAUUGUAUAUAGGAGGAUAUAUUUAUAAAGUAUGUAAAACAUGACAAGUUAUGCAACCAACAUUGCACGUGGAAUAUAAAAUAAAAACUUGGUCGUUGCGUGUUAGGCAACCAACAUUACACAAUCGUAAA